AUGUCUGGGAUCAAGAGAGUGAUCGCAGAGAAGGAUCCCGACUAUGAGGAGAUCGCCAUCACACAUCCCAGCAAGCGGCAUAAAGCAGCCGAACAGUCAGCUCGAGAUGUUACUGUGCAGAAGAUUGAGACCAUUAUAAAGGAACAGUUUGCCGUCGAAAUGAAGAGUAAAGAACAUGAAAUUGAAGUUAUAGAUCAGCGCUUGAUUGAAGCCAGGAGGAUGAUGGACAAGCUGCGUGCCUGCAUUGUGGCUAACUAUUAUGCCUCUGCUGGUCUCCUCAAAGCUGGAGAGGGGACCAGGUCGUGCGACGCAACAAUUCUUAAUCACCCUUCAAUCAAGAAAUUCUUGGAAUCUCCCUCGAGAUCUUCAUCUCCAGCUAACCAGGGCUCAGACACUCCCUCUGCCAACCACUCUGAGAGUGACUCUCUCUCUCAACACAAUGACUUUCUCCUGGACAAGGACAAUGGCAACUUGGACACCGAUGAGCGGCUGACAAACAGCCUGGACCAGAGACAGAGCAGAAAUGCUGGCCGGGACAGUUCGGGUGUUUCAAGCUCUCAAAAACCAGGACAACGAAAUGCCGGACUGUCAAAUGAUGAAACUUCACGACUUUAUGUGAAGAAAACGAUUGUGGUUGGCAACGUCUCCAAGUACAUUCCCCCUGACAAGAGAGAAGAAAAUGAUCAAUCAACCCAUAAAUGGAUGGUGUACGUCCGAGGCUCUCGGAGGGAACCCAGCAUAAAUCAUUUUGUCAAGAAAGUUUGGUUCUUCCUCCACCCCAGUUACAAACCUAAUGACCUGGUAGAAGUGAGAGAACCUCCGUUUCACCUGACCAGGAGAGGCUGGGGAGAAUUCCCAGUGAGAGUGCAGAUACACUUCAAGGAUAGCCAGAACAAAAGGAUUGAUAUAAUACACAAUUUGAAGCUGGACAGGACAUACACAGGCCUGCAGACACUUGGUGCAGAAACGGUAGUGGAUGUGGAGCUACACAGGCAUUCCCUUGGUGAGGAGUAUCUCUUCUCCCAGUCUUCAGAGUCUUACCUUUCUGACGUUCCUACAUCUUUAUCACUGCCACUGAGUAUCCCAGCUCCAGUCAAAGCUUCUUCACCAAUUAAACAGUUGAGGGACUCCAGCCCGGAUGCUUCUGUGGACAAAGGAUUCUCUGGGAAUGCUGAAACCGAAAGACAUGCCGCGUUUUAUUCCCUGCCAUCCUCGAUAGAACGGACUCCCACCAAGUUAGCCACACAGAAAGUUGCCUUUGGCUCUCAUGGAAAUUCAGCCUUUCAACCCAUUGCAGCUAGCUGUAAAAUAGUGCCUCAAGGUCAGAGUCCAAGCCCUGCAGAGUCACCAGGAAAAUCCUUCCAGCCUAUCACCAUGAGUUGCAAGAUUGUAUCAGGUUCUCCAAUAUCGACCCCUAGUCCAUCUCCGCUACCUCGUACCCCAACGUCCACUCCGGUGCACAUGAAGCAAGGCUGUGCUAGCUCAGUCCUUAAUAACCCGUAUCUUAUUGUGGACAAGCCUGGACAGACGGUUGGAGCAGCAGCCACAAGCACAGGGAGCCCAACCAGCAAACUGAGCAGUGUCUGUCAGGCCUCUCACGGGACUGGAUCUCCUGUGUCAAAGACCCAUGGGAGCAGUUUUGGCACCUCAGCUGUCAAGCAGGAGGAUUCUCUUUUUGCCACCAUGCCACCCCUUUGUCCCAUUGGGAGUCAUUCUAAGGUGCAAAGUCCCAAAUCGGUCACUGGAGGACUGGGAGCUUUUACAAAGGUGAUCAUCAAGCAGGAGCCCGGGGAGCUGCCGCAGCAGGCGGCGGUGCCGGCGGCGGGCGCGGCGCAGCCCUCGGUGCAGCAGUACGUCACCGUCAAGGGCAGCCACAUGCUGGCCCUGUCCCCACAGAAACCCAUCAUGAGCACGGGUGAGGGGACGGUGCAGUCCAAGGUAAGGGGCACGUGGGUUGUUGGCGUUCCAGUUGGUUCUGCGCUGCAGUCGACAGUGAAACAAGCGGUGGCAAUAAGUGGUGGCCAGAUCCUUGUGGCAAAGUCCAGCUCCUCAGUGGCAAAGGCUGUUGGUUCAAAGCAGGUUGUGACUCAAGGUGUAGCCAAAGCCAUCGUGAGUGGAGGUGGAGGGACAAUUGUGGCUCAGCCCGUGCAGACUAUAACAAAGGCGCAAGUUUCUUCCACAGGAGCUCUGAAAAGCACAUCUCAAGGCUCAGUGAUGGCUACACUGCAGUUACCAGCCACCAACUUGGCAAACCUGGCAAACUUACCACCAGGCACCAAGCUGUACCUCACCACCAACAGCAAGAACCCUUCUGGGAAAGGAAAACUGCUGCUGAUACCCCAAGGAGCAAUACUGCGAGCCACAAAUAAUGCUAGUCUUCAGUCUGGUUCUUCUACUAAUAGUGGUGGAGGAGGAGGAGGAGGAGGAACAACCCAAAGCACAAGCAGUAACUUGUCACAGCACCUCACCUAUACAUCCUACAUCCUGAAGCAGACACCCCAGGGCACCUUUCUGGUUGGCCAGCCUUCUCCUCAGGGUUCUGGGAAGCAGAUGACUCCAGCAUCAGUUGUUCAGGGCAGUGUAGGAGUUGGAGCAUCUUCCACACAAGGACAAGCCCUAAAAGUGAUAACUGGACAAAAAACAGCUCUUUUUACACAGGCUGCAUCCAGUGGACAGACGUCACUGGUGAAAAUAUCAGAUGGGUCUAUAAAAUCAGUGCCUGCCUCAUCCCAGCUCUCCAAACCUGGCACCACCGUGCUGAGAGUAUCAGGAGGUGUCAUCACCACUGCUGCUGCUCCUGCCGUGGCCCUCCCCACAAACGGGGUGGCCCAGCAAACAGAUAAUGCAGCUUCCAGUUCAUCAUUUUCUGGAACUCCUGCAGCAAAGACAUCUGGACAUCAACACCAAAUCUGUGUAAGCCAGAGCCAGACUACUUCAUCAGUAGUGAAUAAGACUGCGACUUCCAGUGUUGUAAGUGUUGCUUCCUUGAUGACUGCAGCAACACCUGUGACGGGAAAAGCUACAGUAUCAGGGUUGCUAAAAAUCCACUCAAAUCAGUCUAGUCCACAGCAGGCUGUUCUGACAGUUCCCAGCCAGCUUAAACAGCUCGGUGUAAACACAGCUUCUGGAGGUGUUCAGACAAUACUCAUGCCUAUGAACAAAGUGCUACAGUCACUUUCUACCAGCAAAGUUUCAGCAGUUUCAGCAGUCACAGCAGCAAGUACAGUUGUCCCAAGUCCCUCCACAGCAUCCAUUGCCAAAGUUAAGAUGGAGCCUGAUUCAACAGGACAAAACUGCAGUUCUCUGGGUACCCAAGAAGGCCAAGCAGCAGUUAAAACAGAAGAGAGCUCUGAACUUGGGAAUUAUGUUAUCAACAUAGAAUAUUUGGAAAACAUCCAGCAGCUUUUAACAGCAGUAGUGAAGAAGGUUCCAUUAAUUGCUGAAAAAAGUGAGGAUGUAAGCUCUUUUUGUGCCAGUUCAGUGGAACAGUAUUACAGCUGGAACAUUGGGAAGAGGAGGGCAGCCGAGUGGCAACGAGCGAUGACAGUGAGAAAGAUCCUCCAAGAGAUCAUAGAGAAGUAUCCCAGGUUUCACAGUAUCACACCCCUGAAAACAAAGCACGUGGUGCACUGGUGUCGGUGCCAUGGCUACACUCCCCCUGACCCCGAGACCCUGCGCAACGAGGAGGACUCCAUUGAGGACGUGCUGACACAGAUAGACAGUGAGCCAGAGUGCCCUUCAUCUUACAGCAGUGGUGAGGAGCUGUGUCGAAAACUGGAGGAACUACAGCAGUUUCUGAAACAAGAGGCAGAACAUGAAGAGGAAGUAGAUAUUCUCAACUUUAGCGAGCCAUUAAAAAUAAACAUUAAGAAAGAGCAGGAGGAGAAGCAAGAAGAGAUGAAGUUCUACAUGGCUUCCUUGCCUGCAUCAGAGUUUGUGAGAGACACUGCUGAGAAGAUAGGGAUUUCUUUUCAGCCUGCUGAGGUACAAAAGAAUGUUUAUGCAUCCGUAAUAGAAGAUAUGAUUUUAAAGGCCACCGAACAGCUGAUGAGUGACAUCCUACGGCAAGCACUCGCUGUGGCGUACCAGACAGCUCCUCACAACAGGACUCCAAGAGAGAUCACAGUGAUGAAUAUUCACAAAGCCAUCUGUAAUAUUCCCUUUCUUGACUUCCUCACGAACAAACAUAUGAAGAUACUAAAUGAGGAGCAAUGAAAUAGAGCAGAGAAGGUGCUACAGGAAAGGUGGAUUUAUGACUGAAAUUGGGCUGACAAAUCCAAUAUUUCUGUAGGACACUACUACAUUUAUAACAUUGGGCUACUAGAUUGUUACCUCGCAUUAAAGAUGCACCUUAAUGCAACAAAAUGAUGCUCUGUUCCAAAUCAAGUUGUAAAAUGUCAGUGUUUACUUGGAACACCGCUGGUGAGGAAGACACGUCUGCAGCGUGGCUAUCAACACCUUGCUGAAGAAAGCUUCGUUGACAACAUCCUGACCACCCCACAUCCACCACCCCUUUGUCCUGCCCCAUGGGUGCUUGCUGGUAGUGUGAAUAAGCCAUUGUGAAGUUGGUGGGACUCCUGUGGGACUGUCGUGUUUCCAGCAUGCUUGUUUUGUCUGGCAGUGCUGUCGUGGGUGGAGCAUGGGCCAAACAGCCAGAACCUUCAGUGCGCUGAUCUCAGCUGGGUCUCUGAUCUGCUGCAUGGCCUUUGAUUUAAUCACUCUGUGCCUCAGUUUCCCCAUCUCUGAGCAUGGGGAGCAGGAUACCUACCUCACAGGGGUGUACUGAGGCCUCGCUCUUGUUGGUGCCGUGCUUUGACAAUACAAAGCCUUUUAUAAACAUUCAACUACAGUUACCUUUCUUGGCCUGGGGUAGGAGCAGAAUGUUACCUUUUGGUGCUUUUUUGGGGCUAGAAGACAGGCAAUGGUAACUAUGGUAGCAUGCAGGAACUGUGAAAAAUGCUUCUGUUAGAGUUUUCAGACUUGGAAGGAGAAUAGUGUAAGUUUGAUGCAGUUGUUAAGCUGAAAAAAGUACUGUGUACCUCAGAUGGGAUACCCACCUGUCUUCUCCACCUUAAAUAAAACUGGGAUCUGCAGGAAAGCCCCUCUCAGUUUAUCACAGCUAACAGGGAGCUACAGUUCUGUUGAAUAGAAGAGUAGCAGAACCUGAACCCUGAAUCUAGGAGAUGGGACCAAUAGAUGAAAUCCAACCAGCAUUCAGAGAAGGACUUAAAUGCCCCCUAGGAAGGACAUUACAGAUGCUCUGGAUUGAAAAGCUAAUCCUGGCUUGUUCGGGUGAGCUGAGUGCAGGAUUGCCUGUGAAAGGAAAGGGCACAGCUUAGCCCUGACAUUACUUUAUCAGCGGAGGUCAGUGUGACGGAGUUGAGCAGCAGUGAUUAUGUUUCAUCUCAGUGUUGAGUUGGGAGGAAUCCAGGUAGCUGGGCUUUGUAGUCUGUAGUGAACUUGGGGUCUGCUUUCAGGCAUCCCUGUACGCUUUAUGAAAGACAAGGGCAUUUUUAAGAUCCCUGUCACUGUCAUGACAGCCUGCAGGUUUUGUGGGAACAGCCUCCUGGGAAAACUCAGUCGUGCUAUGAUCUGCAAUGGUCUAGAGUACUGUGUGCAGUUUUGGGUGCUACGAUAGAAAAAAGACAUUAAGCUAUUGAGAGCACCCAAAGGAGGGCCACAAGGAUGGGGAAGGGUCUGAGGGGGAAGCUGUAGGAGGAGCAGCUGAGGUCACUUGGUCUGUUCAGCCUGGAGAAGACUUGAGGGGAGACCUCAGUGUGGUCUUCAGCAUCCUCCCAAGGGGCAGGUACCAGUCUCCUCACUCAUGACCAGUGACAGAACCUGAGGGAAUGGCAUGAAGCUGAGUUAGAGAAGGUCUAGGUUAGGUAUCAGGAAAAGAUUCUUCACCCUGAGGGUGGCUGGGCACUGGAACAGGCUCCCCAGAGCAGUGGGCACAGCACCAAAUCUGAGUUCAAGAAGUGUUUGGACAAUGCUCUGAGACACAUCGUGUGACUUGGGGUGACCUGUGCAGGGCCAGGAGUUGGACUCGGGGAUCCUUGUGGGUCCCUUCCAACUCAGCAUGCUCUGUGAUUCUGUACACAUGCAUUUCCAGCCCCUGCCUCUUGCAGACUUUGUUUCUGGGAUUCUGAUAACACCCAGAGCAGCUUUUGAGGAUGCAGGAGCUCAUCUUUGGGCAUCUGUUUGCAAAUAGUGGCUUCUUUGCCUGUGUCCUGCUUUUCUGUGAGGAAUGGAGUUUCAAAAAAGUCCUGAACCUGGCGCUCAAAGCAGGCAGGUACAGACCCCUUGUUCUUAAUGGGGUUCUUGUAGUGGAGAUCUAUUGCUACAUUUCUGAGCAACCACAGGUUAUUCUCCUAGGAGAUGCUAUAUUAUUAGUAUAUAAAGUUUGCUGAAGAAAAAUAAACUGUUUAAAGCAGAUAGAAAACCACACAUUUGUUCAGUUCUUCAGAUGUAGGAAACGUUUGCAACAAGUUCUUUGCAUUUUGAAUAGUGGUGGGAGAAAAAUUUGUGGAUGAGACGUUCCUGUGGGAAUUGCUUGGAGGUAAGAUAGAGGUUGUGGAAUUUCACACAUCCUUCAGGUGUUUGUGGAAUGCUACAGGUGCAGCGUGUUGAAAUGUUAUGGUAUAUUUCUCGGGCUUUCUGAAGAGUUAAAGAUCUCUUUAUGAAUAUUGCCCCUAUUUGUAAUGCUGAGUGUUUUAAUCCUUCAUGUUAUCUGUAUUAUACUGUAUAAUUGUGUAAUAUACGUAUGUUUACAAUAAAUUCUUUUAUUAGCUGUGCUA